AUGUCAACAUACAUAUAUUUCUUUGAUAUUGGAUCAUUUACACAAACAUGUGUAUUCGCAGUGAAAGCAACAUCAACUUUGUGUAUUUUAUGGAGUGCAUAUAUGCUAGCAAGAACACGGUUGUUUACUAAACGGGAUUCAGAUAUUGACAAUGAAAUUGAUCGUAAAAAGGUGAAGUAUGAACACAAUCCCGAAUCAGAAAUUAUUGCAGCAUGCAGCGAUUAUCCUCCGGGCAACCAAAUAGAUAAUCACAGUCUAUCAUCCUUAUCAUUUCUUAAAGACAGUAUUUUUAUCCGUAAUGGAGUGAAUAUUUUAUAUGGAUUAGUCUAUGGUAGUAAAAAGACUGAUGACACAAAUGCUAAUUAUGACAGUUCAACAAAUCCGAAUAAAAUGAUCACAGAAAGUAAGAAUGGCCUACUAACUACUGAAGAAUCGUGUUCAGAUGAAUUAAAUUUCUUCUAUCAAAUGGUGUGCAGUUUAUGUGUCAAGGCCGGGUUGGUUUCAGAUACUGCUUGUUCUCCUAAUAAACGAAGAAGUCGACUAUUGUCUUUGAGUAAAUAUCCAAAAGUUACCACAGAUUACUUACUACAACUUUUAGUCUCCUACAGUAAGGAUGUAAAAUUUCUUGAUCUACUCUAUGAAAAUGAACAUUUUGAAAAGUUAAUCGAUUGGCUUACAGUAAUCAGUUUAACUGCUUUAACUAAAUCAGAUGAUAGUUUGCUUGAAACACACAGUAAUCCACCGUCAGUGAAUCAACUUUUAUUCGAUGGAGGCGAAUUGACAAAUCGUUCUUGUAAUCCAGACAAUUCAAGACCUGAAUCAUCAAUUCCAGAAGUUGUCAAUAGUGGUGGUGGGGGUGGGGGUGUGCCUACAGCUCAUCCAGAGUAUCCAGUUCAUCUAUUAGUUGCUAAUUUUUUAGCAAAUAUAUCUCAGCAUUCUUUCAGUUAUAGAUUAAUAAAUCAUGAAAAUGUUAACAAACUACUCAGUCUUUGGGAGAUUUCUCCAAGUUUGCAUUUAAAUCUUCUCGGUGCAAAAAUUGAUCAUAAUAUAAAAGUUCAUUCUAAAUUGGCUGGCAUUUCGUGUUCAACAUCUCCAACACAAGCACCAGCAGCACCAUCAACAACAACGUCGACACCAGCAGCCGCAUCACAUUGUAAAUCAGGAGAGGAGUAUAGUCAAACUAAAGAUUAUGAUUCAUUGAAGUCAUUUCCUAUUUAUUGUCCAGAUAUUUAUAAAUUAAAUAUUUCAAAAGAUAUCGACGAAAAUUAUGACUUUGAUAUUGUCUUUGUAAAUGGUAUGCUUGGUAGUGUCUUUUAUACAUGGAGACAACAUGAUUCAAUGUUAACUACAGAUGCAACACAGUAUACAAAAUGUUGGCCUAGAGACUGGCUUUCUCGUCAAUUUCCUCGAGCUCGAAUAAUUGGUGUAGACACAUCACUGAAACCAUUCAUCUGGCAUUCGAUUUGUCCACUGCAGAAGAUGAGGCGUACAUUAGAUAAACGAGCUGUUGAUAUAAUGGAACAAUUGAAAAAAGCUGAAGUUGGCUGUCGACCUAUUGUAUGGAUUACACAUUCAGCAGGAGGUAUUCUUGUGAAAGAAAUGCUUCGUCUAGCUAAAUCUGUAAAUACCAGCGAUCCAUCUGAAGGAUAUGUGGAUGAACAAUCUCAUCUCAAUGCAACAUCAACCACUGAAAACUUCACACAUACUCCAAAAACUUACGGAGAUUUAUCACAAUUAGAUGAAAAAAAUCACUCCAUUCCAGUGGAAAGCAAUAAUCCUACUUCACUGCAUCCUAAUACUUCACCUCCGUGUAAAUGGUAUUGUCAUGAAAAUGAAAAUGAUGAAGUUGCCUCUAUGUCUAAACUUUACAACUCUGAUGACAUUUCAGCUGACGAGGAGAACAAAAUGCAUGAUGUAUCAGAUCUCUCCAGCGUAAAUCAACUGUCUAUCUCUCCCAACUGUGAUCGUUCACUAUAUGAAGAUUAUAGUGAUACUAGUUUAAUUAAUUUAUCAGAUGAUUCACAUCUGGCUCCUUCUGAAUAUCAAAAUCUGGCUAACAGUACACAUGCAAUUGUAUUCAUGAGUACACCACACAGAGGGAAUCAGUCGUUGUUCACUUUAUAUCGUCGGCCUUUCCGUUGGGCACUUACUCCUGAGGCUAUUCAACUUGAAAGAAACUCAAACUAUAUGUUGGAUCUACAUGUAUGGUUUAAUAUGUGGGCAUAUCGUCAGUCCGUCCGAGUGCUAUCUAUGGCUGAAAGUCGUGUAACACCAGUGAAUAGAUUUUGGUCAGUACUCUUGGUUCCAGAAGAUAUUAGAGAUCGUGAUAUGGGUGAAUUAGUACGCAUUGAUUCAGAUCAUUUAUAUAUAAGUAAACCAAUGUAUCCCAAUGAUUUAUCUUACACAUGUAUUGUUCGUUUUAUUGAGAAUUUGCCAUUGUUAAAUCAUCAAUCAGUCAGCCAGCCAGUCAGUCAGUAA